UCAAUUCCAAAUUUCGUGCUCUAUUACAAUAAUGUAGGAUUCAUACUGUGUACGACAUCCGACGUGCGAUGUCCGAUAUCCAAUAGGAGAACUUGUUUUCUAAAUAUUUCAGCUAGCAAUAUUUUGUCGUUGAUAUUUUGACGAUAAUGCUUGUCAUAUUCUUCUUCUUUAAUUAAUGGCUCAUGCCUCCAAAUAACAAUAGGAGGUCGAUACGGCCAGAUCACGUUUAGGAUUGUUUUCCGUGUAUUAAAAAACAAUUAUGCAAUACCCGCGAAAAUAGCUAAGCUCGUUCGAACACCGGGCGCCUGCAUCUUCGGCGUCGUCACGUCGUAAGGACGCGCGUCAGGAAGACCGAACGGGUUGUCCAAGACCGCGGGAUGAUUAUGUAUGUUUCAAUGCUCGGUCAAAGUCGGCAACACUUUCAAAAAUAUACAAUAACUGUAGCGCACCCGAGUCGAGACGCGUCCGCCACGAGCGAGUGGUUCAUCAGAACUGAUGCUUGUCAUAUGAAAAUGUUCGUCAAGGUUUAACUUUUUCGUCCGACGACGUAAGGGCUAUGGCAGAGAACGAGACGUAACGAGACGUAAGUUCCGUAGUCGUAACGUAAGGUAAGGCAGAGAAAAACGUAGCUGUCGUAGUCGUGACUGGUCUGGAAUGGUCGGUAAAGUGUGUCAGAGCGACGAGAGGUUAACCAAUAUUUUUCGAAGACGGAAUUAGUUUAACCGUUUCUCAAGGUUUUCACGCGGAUUCGCUAAAUAGGACAUCGUCCUCGUGUUAUGCACAUUUCAUUUUUUCUUUAGAGGAUCGUUACUUUAGUAGGCAGAACAUUACUUUUAACUUAACGUUGUACUAACUUUGAUUGAUUGAGAAAUAUGUCUGAUCAUUUAAAAUAUUGUAAUAUUAGUGAUUCAUCUGUUGAAAUCAAUACAGAAGAUUAUACUGACAUUAAUAUUGAAGAAAAGAAGGGUGAUGAGCUUCUCAUCGAAUUAUACAGAGAACGUACAUUUUUAUACGAUAAAAGUAAUAUUAACUUUAAAGAUUGUUUAAUGAAGCAAAAUGCUUGGCUUGAGAUAUCUAAAAUAAUGACUCAAAUUUGUGGUGACAUGUAUAAUCCUUCGUACUGCCAAAAAAGAUGUACCACAUUAAGAGACCAAUACAAUAGAGAAAAAAGAAAGAUUGAAAUUGAAUCCAAAAGUGGAAGUGGUGCUACUAAGGCUACUCGAUUUCUUUUUUUUGCGCAGUUAGCAUUUUUAGACCGUGUUAUUCAAAGACGCAGAAGCUACACUAAUUACGCAAAAUCUCAACCAUUUAUAGUUGAUGAAGGAAGUAACGAGUCACAAAGUACUGCAAAUGCAUUAAGCAGUGAAGAAAAUGAAAAUGUAAAUGGGCAGCUUGUCGAUAAGUUUAAACGUUUUAAUAAAGAAAAUAUUUUUAGUUUGGAGGACAGCGAAUUCUAAUAUGUUUUCCAUCAAUGGAA